AUGAAAUCCCUCUUAUUGUGCUGCUUGACGGCUCAUCUAUACCUGGGUUUAAAUGCAGAAGGAAAUCCGCCGAUCGUCGGCUCUCAUGUCGACGAGGAACGCGGCUUUUCAAUCAGGGAUUUCGAGCUUAAACCACCUUUUCCAAACCUCUAUACAGGAUGGGAUUCAACUGGAGAUGCCGUAAUGAUUAACAACCGAAUCAGUUUGACGAGGGAUCAACGAUCAAUGCGAGGGACGUUAUGGAGUCGAAAUCGCAUCCAAGAACGCGAUUGGGAAGCACAGGCAUCAAUCCGAAUUUAUGGCUCAUCGGGUAAAUUGCAUGCAGAAGGUAUUGCUCUCUGGUAUCUUGCUGAUCCUGCACUCCCCGGACCUGUCUUUGGCGUCAAUGAGAAUUUCAAGGGAAUCGGCAUAUUUUUUGACACCUACAAAAACGACGUGAACAACCACGACGCGUAUCCAAGAAUUUCUGUUGUGCUCAACGAUGGAACAAAGACUCUCGAUUGGGAUAAAGACGGUGAAAACCUAAGACUUGGAGAUUGUCAUAUUGCUGGAGGUGCGCAGAGUCCUGACUCAGAUGCUCGAAGCAACAAAGUGUUUCGUAUUUUAAUUAGAUACUACAUGGAAAACUUGGAAAUAUAUUAUGCACAAUACGAAGACUUUAAAUGGACCCAAUGCACCACAAUCUCUGAUGUUCGUUUGCCAACAAAUUACAUCUUUGGAAUGUCUGCUUCAACCGGAGAUCUCACAAAUAAUCAUGAGCUCGCAACCUUUAAAGUUAGCGCUUUGGAUGCACCACCACAUUCAUCUUUCCCCGCAAUGAUUCCAGAACACAAAGCCGUUAAAGAAAGCGCUCCAAUCGUGGAAGAAUCACAAGGAUGGGGAUGGGGCAUGAAGAUUUUCUUCUUCAUUCUGGCUCUUGUUUUCUCGAUUUUAUUAAUCGAAAGUAUUCAGUUAUCUCGAUGGGGUCAGAAGCGUCGCUAUUACAUUGUUUCGACUGAUGAACGAAUAAUG